AUGGAGACAGAACUGAGAGAGUAUAUUCACCGAACCAUUCCUUUUCCGUCUCCCGCUCCUUGCUAUAUUGUCGCCGUCGGUUGGGUGCUUCUCGAAGGCGGUGGUUCCGGUGAUUCCUCGGCGCAUGAAGCGAAGAUCCGUCGGGUGGAGGUUGCUGGUGAAGGCUCUGGUGCAGACGUUGGAGGACAACGUCGAAUGUUGGCCAGAUCUAGUGGAUCUAGGGUGGCGACUUCGUUUGCUGUUUUGUCACCGGCGGUUUGUGGGCUUCGGAGAGCAUUAGUUCGGAGAACCAUCUAUUUCGCCGGUUAUUAUAGCUUCAUGACUCUUGGUCGGGUCAGUCUCUAUACACCAUCAGGUUCAAAUCCGUUACCAGUGGCCCAAAAGUUAGACGCAAAAGGUGGAAUUGCAAGCAAGAUAUGGGAUGAUGGAGUCCGUGAAGGUGUAUCACAGAUCUAUAUUCAAGAAGGUUCUACAGGUGGUACAGCGUCCAUCAAGUUCGACUAUGUCAAGAAUGGUCAACCUAAAGCUGGAUCAACCCAUGGUGACAAAUAUCAAAAUUUCACCGAGUGUUUUGAUCUAAACCAUACGUGCGAUGAGCAUAUCUUAUCUGUGAAGUGUUACUACGAUGAAGGUGAGAUACUAGGACUUGUGAUCAAAACCAACAUUAGGACUUCUGCAUACAUGGGAUAUAACGUUGGUACUACGUUUGAACUUGAAGUCAAAGGUAAGAAGAUCAUUAGGUUUCAUGGAUCUUUUGACAAAAACCUUACCUCUAACUCUCUUGGAGCUUACUUCGCACCGAUUUCUCCUGCGAAGUAA